AUGCUCGCUCUCGCUCGUAUUAGUUACCAAACAGGAUAAUAAUCGCUACGUGUUGUCGUGUUAGUUAUCACCAUGGAGCUCUAAUAUAAUCGAUCGAUUUCGAAUGUAUACGAUUCUACUAAUGUGAAUCACUAGUUACUUCACAUUAACUUUGGGGAGGGUAGAAGUUUUUAGCGACACGAAAGAAAAAUAAUUAAAAUUCCAAUUUGUGCGUCGAAACCUUUCGUGUAAUAGUUCAAUAAUGAUGUUAUGAAUAGCAUUAAGUUCCAUAGAAUAUAAUUUCCGCAAGUCAAUGUAAAGAUUCCCAGGAUUAACAAGUGUUUUAUGAUUGUUUUGGUGCUAUUCACCUAUAUUGAUUUAUCAUAAGCCAGUGACCUGUUUUUCGUGUUUGUACCUAAUAUGUAACUCGUAAAUAUUUAAUAAAAUCAUUACACUGGACUGUGCAGAUUUAUUAAGAUGGACAUCUGAUGAGAGUUGAGAAAUCCGUGAUUCCUACUGUGUAGUGCCAUGGAAAAGAUAGUAAUAUUGCACAGUACAAUAAGAUUAUUGUGAUGUGUUGAUUAUAAGGUUGGAAAAUUGUUAUUUCGUUAUGGUGUGUAUGUUUCACAAUGAUGACGCCUAUUGAGGAGAAGAAAGAUGAAAAGAUACGCACAGGCAUGGUGCAGGUGUCGGACGGCAAGUCCCGUCCGCGUCCAGCACGGCUGGUUCUUACCAUGGAUGCGGUGACCGUGCAGAUCGAGGUUGCGGUCCCCAUUCAACUCAAGGAUAAGAAUGUGCCGCAUGCUAGGGAGAGAAUGGUGCAAAUAACCAGACAGAAGGUCGGCGGGCUCGGACUCAGUAUAAAAGGCGGUGCGGAACACAAGCUUCCAAUACUCAUUUCUAAGAUUUACAAGGACCAGGCCGCAGAUCAGACAGGCCAGUUGUUUGUUGGGGACGCUGUAAUCAAAGUCAACGGCGAAUACAUAACAGCAUGCAAUCACGAUGAUGCAGUCAAUAUCCUAAGGAACGCGGGAGACAUAGUCGUAUUGACCGUGAAGCAUUACCGAGCUGCCACGCCUUUCCUACAGAAACAAGCUGACGCCUCCGACACGGAUAGUAGUACAGGGGACGACCACCCAUCUUUACACAACAAUACAGUAGAUGACAACUGCAAUGAGAAGUCGGUCGAGCAGACCAAUGGCGGCUGGCAGAGCGCGUGGGGCUCCCCGGAGGACGGCAGCGCGGGGUCGCGGCCGCUCUCCGUCGCGGACGACCACAUCCACUCGCACACCGCCUGGCGGGACCUUGUUUCUGUGCCUCUGAUGAUGGGCUACGUGACGAGAUACGUUUUGGGGACGGACAAACUUAGACCGGGCGCUUUUGAGGUCCGCGGCGCGCGGGCGCAGCAGACCACGGGCGUCAUACAUCUGGACGAGCCCGCCGCUCUGUCGCAGUGGCUCAAGUCCAUCUCGGACAAUAUCGUGGGCCUCACCAACUUACAGAUGAAGCUAUUCAACCGCCACCUGUCGGGCGGCGAGCGCAUCGAGUACAUGGGCUGGGUGCACGAGGGCGAGGUCGCGGCGCCGCAGCCCUGGCAGACCUACCGCGCCAAGUUCCUCGUGCUGAAGGGGACGGAUGUGUUGCUGUUCUCGCAGCCGCCGGCCACGCUGGCCGAUCUGACCAAGUGUCCUGAAGUGCUCAAGGUGUACCAGACCAUGUUCCGCACGGUGAAGGAGAGCGAGACGGUGGACUGGCGCCAGCACUGCUUCCUCGUGCAGAGCGGCGCGCCCGGGCCCGCCGCGCCCGGGCCCAGAUACUUCAGUGCGGAAACGAGACAGGAACUGUUGCGGGUGGAAGCCGCGUGGACUGCCAACAUAGUCAACUCUGUCAUACGACUAGGGAAGAAGACCUUCACGGUAGUGCACCUGGGGCGCGCGGCGGGGCUCACGCUGGACUGGACGGCCGGGUUCAGCCUCAGCGAGGGCACGCCCGCGCAGCCGCCGGUCUGGAGCUACAGAUUUUCACAAUUAAGAGGGUCCAGUGACGACGGGAAAUCGAAAUUGAAGCUGCAUUUUCAAGAUGCGGAAACCAAGGUCAUAGAAACUAAGGAGUUGGAGUGUCAGAUUCUCCAAAGCCUGCUGUUCUGUAUGCACGCCUUCCUCACCGCGAAGGUAGCUUCCGUCGACCCGGCCUUCCUCGCCUCUAUUCAUCAGAACAACUAAAUACAUACACGUACUUACCAAUAUGUUGUAAUAUUCGUACGAUACGCUGGUCGUGCGGCUGUGAAAGUAUCGAGUAUAGGUUUCACUGGUUAUGUAAUUGAAUUGUAAAUGUGUAAUUUUAUAUUACGUUACAGAAUCAUGCGGAAAAAUAUCUCUCCCAUAGUUUCCUCUGACUAUAUUUUGUCUAUCGUCGUAUGCACGAUUUUGAGGUAUAAUGGCAAUGAUUUUCAAUUUUAACGACUAUAUGAUUAAUCGCUCUCGCAUGGUUCUGUAACGAAAUAUUAUUAGAUACGUUGUUUAUUAGGCAAUGUGGCUUUAAAAACAACUGAUAAUCUAUAAAAAAAAUUGCAGUAAAGAAUCUCAAUGGCCUAUGAAUGAAGAAUACAGCGAAUGUUGAAGACUUUAGAUUUUAGUGUUUCACUGUUACUUCUCUACAGAUCUAUUUUUUAAUCUUAUCCCGUUGUUAUAAAGCUCAUAGUUCUAUUGCUGACGUGAUGGAAAUGUUUAAUUAAUUUUAAAAUAAGUAAUUAUAACGCGAUACUUCAGAACGAAAUAUUUUAGGCAUUGAAUAUAAACAGCUUUAUUUAAUUGUGCAAUAAAAUAAAAAUGUACUUUGUGUUACUUAUAGGUCUUCCUAACACAGAAGUCACUUAUUACAUCGGUAAAAGAUAUAAUUUAAUUUAUACGAAGUAAACUUAUCGACGUCAGUCGUAGUAUAUGAUGACUCUAACGCACCGCUCAUAACGUCUUCCUUACUAUACUUCUAUUUGUAAUAUUAGACUUUCUUGGAUUUACUAUUCUGAAUCUUAACUUCGUAUUUCGAUCGGUAAAUUGCAAAUUGCGCUGUUCACUAAGGUUGAUUAGAAAAUCAGAUUAGAGGGAUAAAAACCGGGAAUUAGUUUAGUAUUUUAUUUUUUUUUGAAAAUAUUUAAUUACUAUUAUUGCGUUUCGCUUGAAUAGUUUAAAAACGAAACGCAUUGGGGAAGUAAAAUUAGGGAAUCAGAAAAUUAUCGAAGCCUUAGUGGAUUGAGAGUGGAUUUAAUCACUGUGAACAAAUGAACGACAAAUAACUAACUUUAACUAGUAAUUUUUCAAGUAGACUUAUGUCCUUUCGGCAGCCAAGUUGCAUGUUUGUCCUUGCAAAUUAAAUAAAUUAAAUGAAUAAUGUUAAGCAUAUUUUACAGUCGCUAAUGUCCUAUAAUCCGAAAAUAAAACCAUAAAAGGUUUAUAUUGAAACAACCUUAUUGCUUUGACGUGCGAACAAAUUGCCUUAAAUCACUUUAUUUAUACUGAAUCAAUUUAGAGGCUUAUCUCGUAAGUUUUAUAUUUUAUUAAUCAUAGUAGAUAUGUAGCAGAUUGUCGCUUUAAGAACCUACAAUUCAAAACUGUUUCUUUUAUUGUAUGUGAAAUAAAUAUUCAUACGUUCUCAAUAUUAUAUUUUUUUACAAAUAGUGCAAUAUUGUGUUCAUAUUAAUAUUUUUUUAAAUGUUAUAAAUCGUUGCAAGGUUAAUAUAUAUUUUUUUCAAACAUACCGCCUGCCCGUGUCAUCAAUCAAUUAUGUUGAUGAAUAUCGGAUGAAAAUGAUAUCUGGAUUCGAUUCCAGAAUACAUCACUGAACUUACCAAAGAUUUUGACAUGUAAUACUCAAAUCGAACGCCUGUAUAAUCUCAUUGUUACUAAAUCGAAGUGCUUGUGUGGAGUGAAACUGAAACUUACCACUUACAACUAUUCUAUACGCAUUUCUUUUUAUGUCUGGCCUUAUUUUGACGACCUCGGUGGCGCAGUGGUAAGAUUCUUGCCACUGAACCGAGAGGUCCCGGGUUCGAUCCCCGGUCGGGUCAUGAUGGAAAAUGAUCUUUUUCUGAUUGGCCCGGGUCUUGGAUGUUUAUCUAUAUAUGUAUUUAUUAUAAAAUAUAGUAUCGUUGAGUUCCCAUAACACAAGUCUCGAACUUACUUUGGGGCUAGCUCAAUCUGUGUGAUUUGUCCUAAUAUAUUUAUUUAUUUAUUAUUAACUAAAAAUAAAACACGAAAAACAAAAAUAUAUUCAUAAGUGUAAACACAUUUUUUGUCUGACAUUAUUAUCAAAAUGAAAAACAGGAAUUUUUAUUCAUAAAUGUUAUAUUUAAAAAAAAAAACAAAAGGAAAAGAGUUUCGUUUGGAAAAUGUUUCAUAUCAAACUGAAACGAAGUAUAAAAAAAAUAGUAGCGUAUAUGUUAUAUGCAACUUUGCGCUUGCGUCAUAUCAUUAUAUUUAAGUGGAAUAUAUGAAUAUAUUAUAUCGAUAUAUUAUUGUGUUGAAAUGUGGAUUGUGUUUGUUGACACGAGUUUCAUAUUUUAUCUUGGAUCUGCCCGAUGCAAAAUGGCAAAAAAUAUAUACCGAAAUUAAUUCAAAGUUAAACUUAAUGGACGGAGUACUGAUAAUGUUUAUUAUAGCAUGUGGCUUAUGAAAAUAUUAUUUUUAAAACCAAGAAAAUGAUUUCUAUCGUUGUCAUGACACCCGCAAGCGUGUCUCAUUAUCAAUUUUAUUUUUAUAUUUGAUUGAUAUUCAAAGUAGUAUUUUUUUUGUUUGCUAGCUUUUUGAAAAGCCAUUUCAUAAACCGUCGACAUAUUUUAUACAUAAUAACAACAUUAACUUAUUACAAUUGGAUUUUCCGCUAGAUUGCCUUAAUAUAUUUUUGUCUAUAGUCGUUGUAUUAUGAAAAAAUCAACUUGUUUUAUUUUUAGACUAUAUUAGAUCUGAUCAGAAUAUACUCUUCAGACUGUAAUUAAACAAAAUGAUUAUUCUUGUGUACGACUAAUUUCAAAUUGUCUAUGAAAUACUAACAAAUUUAUGAAUAUCUCGAAUGGUAUUUCAUUUUAUAAUCAAAGUUAUAAUUAUUUUAUUUAGGUACUCGAAUCACAAAAGAAACAUCGAAUUGGUUAAGAAACAAUUAUGAAAUAGAACAUUAAAAUAUAAUUUAAAACUAAUUUGAAGUUUUGUGUACACAAAAGAUAAUCCUAAUAUUUAAUAUUAUAAAAAAUAUAUUUAUUUGACUGUUUAGAAGUGAUGUAAUAUUGUUAAAAUUAGCUGUUUCGGCUGUUAAUUUUUAUUGGUAUUUGUAGAUUGAAUAGUUGCCUUGUGCGUCAAUUUGUAAUGUACUUGUAAUACUUUAAAUUAUUAAUUAUACAUAAUAUUCUAAUUCGUGUGGCGCUUUGUUGCUUUAUUCAUGUUGUAUAUUUUAAUAUUUAAGUACAAUAAUGAUGUAAAAUAUUAUAAAAACUGAUCCAGAAAAUAACGGUUAAUAGAUAAAUAUUAUUAUAUUAUAGGAUAAAUAAAAUACUGAGAAUAUGGCUUUGAAAUCCAGGAAAAAAGCAACAGGGCUUCACACGUAGGUAUUGUUUCUUUACUACGUAGUAUUGAAAUAAAAUAUUUAACGGUAAGAAUAAACUUGUUUGAAUUAGAUCUUUGAAAUAUUUUGCUGCUAGAUAUUAUUUCAAUGGUAUUAUAACUGUUUUGCUAUUCUCAUAGUUAACUAAAUUGUGGUUGUGUUUUUAAUUUCAAAAACAAAUUAUUGAAUAUAAUAUUAUUUAAUAGCCAGUGCGUGUCAGAGGAUUCGAAAUAAAGUAUAUUUAACAAAUUUUCUAUGUUCAGAUAUUUAACGUGACUAGGUUUGCCUAUGAAUAUGAACAUUUGUUUAAAUAUUGUAUUAUUCGAUAUAACUAACACGGAGAAAAAUUAAAAUUAAUCACAAUCAAGAAAGUUGCAAAACGCAUUUUAAUUUAACAAGAAGAUUUUUUGGGAUUGUGCUUCGGUUCUGUGUUUGAAUUCGUGUGUUCUAGUGCAUGGAUACGUAGUACCACAUUUUACUUAAAUAGUAUAAAGUAUAUAGCAUAUGGUGUGAUUUUUGUCGUGUUGUUGGAUUGUUGACAGUGUAUUAUAAUCAUCAUUUCAUUUUAUUCUAUUAUCAAUCGAAUUAAAAAAAAACAACAACCAUUGAAAAUCGGAAUAUUAUCACAUAUGUUUCAACUUUUGUUUGUCUAGAUUUGCAUCGACUCCAUGGGAGAUAAAUUACUGCAACGAAUUAUUAAUAUAAUAUAAAAAAUUAAUGUGAACUCACACCAAUUAAAUUUAACAAAGUGAAAUUUUCUCGCUCUAAUUGUCGCACAAUCCCGUCCUUUGCUACCAAUUUACAAAUAUUUGUAAAUUUAUUCGCUUAUAGAGCUUGCGUAUUCUCUCCCACUAUAUAAAUUACAUGUUGCAUUAGAAAUUGUUUCCAACGUGUGAAGUCGGGAGAUAAUCUUGGUUGUAAUUUAUUCAAAAUACGGGUAAAUAUAUUGAGUAAUUUAUAUAUAUAUAUAAAUUACGGUGUAGUGAUAAGUCGCUAAAAUAUGUUUUCAUUAUUCAUAUGCGAAGACAUAUUAAGAAUCAAAUUAUGCCAUUAAAUGAAUACUGGUUAGACUAGGUGACUAUUUGUCGGUCUCCUUCAAUUAUUUUUAUUUCAAAUUUGCAGUAACAUUUACAUAAAUAGACAAAAAAUUACGAAGCAAAUACUUAAAUAAUAAAAUAUAGUUUAGUGACUUUAUCGCAGAAGUGUAGCUUUAGCAUUUGAUUAAAAAAUAUCCAGAAUAGUAAUAAAUCCCCAAACGUCCUUUUCAUACUUUGGAAAUAAUGAAAUUGUUCAAACAUUUAGUCAAUUUAGAAAUACUCAAGACUGAUAUGGAUGUUGUGUACGAAUCUGCAAAUAUAUCCUGGCUUAAUCUGUCUCUCUUUGAAAAAGGGAGUGCCUUGAAAACUGGCAAUAAUGAGAUUGACAACAUGAGCCUAGGCACUCUCUUUAAAUCCCUUUCUGAUAAAGAUUUCUCUCUGAACAAAAUGCUAUUUCAAUAGCUUAGUUUAGCCUUUCUUUUUUUGUAAAAUUUUAUACUUUAAAAAAUUAGAAAAUUAUGGUAUUUUAAAGAAUUACAAAGACCAACUGUUGUGUAACCUGUCCAUUGUGGAAUGUAUUUGGGUGUAGAUAAACAAUAAUUACCUAAAAAAAAGGCUAAAAUAAGCUAUGAGGUAUGUGUCGAAUCGACGCAACGAACAUGUAACCACGUCUUGUACUAGUUAUCGGUUAACCUAGUUAUUUAUACCUAUUGUUGAUUAAUGUAACUAAAUUGUAUCCAUUAGUGAAAUAUAACAUGCAAUAAUUAUGAAA